UUCUGCUUUAUACCUUGAGCUUUGUGCUAACCGCUCUAAAUCGACUUAGCAAUUUACAAAACCGUUUCAUUCUUUGGACCGCUGCAGAAUGCUUCGUUUGAUAUCCACAGUCGUAGGCAGUUCCAAACCUCUCACAAGAUGGGCUCCACUCGGGCUACAGGCUAACGCGAAACUGCCUGUUACACUUACUAGACCUCCCACUCGGCCCGUUCGCCUCUUCGCAAGCUUCAUCGGCAAUGAUGACAAUGUACGUUACAGCAGGUUGGAACCUAGAAUUGAACGGAAACUAGGGGAAUAUGAAGAUUUCUUCUUUGAAACGGGACGUGACAAGGGAUGGGCCCAGAUCAUGAUGUUAGUGUCGGUUCAAUCGGAGAAGGAGUUGUCCUCAGAGAACAUUAGUAGAGCCUUUGCGAACUUACAGAGACGACACGCAGCCCUGCGCAUGGCUGUCAUUUUGAAGGAUGGAAAAAACCACUUCGCAGAAGUUCCCGAUGCACCCGACUUGGAGAUUCUCCAAACCAGUGAUAGCAAAGCCAUAAUGGCCAGCGAAGAACAAACGGGGUUCGACUUCGGGCAGUUGCUUUGGAGAUGCAAGAUCCUGCAACCUGAAAAAUCCGAACAAGGAUUUCUCUACCCGUUCAUCUUCGUCAUACAAGCCUGUUUGACUGACGGUACCGCAAUUCAUAGCGGUCUGUACCCCAGUCUUCAGGACUAUUUGGAAGCAUCCUUUGAGCAGAAAGAAGACCUUGACAUAGAAAGUCUGCCUCUCCUGCCUCCUCGCGAGCAUCUUUUAGAUCAGUUCGAAUCUAUCCUAGACCAGGAGGGAGCUGGACAAGGACAACAUACUCAAAUCGAAAAUGAAAUAAAUCAAGCGGCCCUUGCGGCUAAAUUCUGUGAGUUGCAUAAGCCUAGUAACCCACAAAAUUGUUCCGGAGUGGUCGAUUUUGUUUUCGAUCAGAAGCAAGUGUCACAACUUGAAAGGGCAGUGGCGCAGCAAAAUGUAUCAAUGAAUUCGGCCUGCGCUGCUGCCCAUGCGAUGGCUGUAUACAUGUUCUUGACGGAUUUAGGGGCGGAUUUAGGGACGAUGUCUCUGCCAUCCCAGUACGUUGUCGAGCUCAGGCGCUACGCGACACCAAGGUUCCACGCAACGCAUUCUGGUGCCUACGUAGCCCUUGCUAUAAACAACAUAAAGCUCAAUGCAGAAAUGGUCGCAAGUGAAAACAGAAGUGGGGUACUCUGGAAGCUCGCUGCCUCAAUCAAGAAAGAAACAAGGGAACGCUUAGCCGAAAACGAACCACUGUUAGAGGUUAAGGCGUUCCUAGGAGAUUAUAAACGGUUCCAGUCCGACCGGAACGCGUAUUACCGCGAAUGUGAUCCAUGCCCUGAACUGUUCUACACAUCCAAUUUAGGACAUAUACCCGUAAAUUGCGGGCAGGGAAAAGUUACCAUAAAAAAAAUCCAGCUUUUGAAGGGCGCUAGGGAACCGGCGGCAUUUGGUCACAACAUCACGAGCCUUAACGGUCAGCUCCAGUGGGAGAUCUCGUACAAUAAGACGAUUGUGAGCGAUGAACUGGCGGAAACAUACUUGUCACUGGUAAAGGGCGAAUUUGAGCGAUUCCUAAUAGAACAGUAGUGCUGUUACCGAUGUGAUCGUGGAAACGGGUUCGAUUUCAAGUUAAUGUUAUAUACAUGUUUAUAACUGGUGGUAGUGGUUGGGGAAGCGCUGCAUUGGGCCCAAGUUGUAUUUCUGCUUCACGUUAGCCAAGUGGUGUCAUAUCGCGUGGUACGCCAGGCAAGUGUUUAGUUCAUACAGGGUGUUAAUUUUUUUUUACUUUUUGAAAUCUUAAUAACUUUUUUAUCAAUUAUAGUAUGCAGAAAGCAACUUCCGAUAUGGAAAGUAGAGGCUAUAAGAAUUUUUUUUUUGGGGGGGGGCGGGGGUAUAAUGCGCAUUGUAGUGACAAGUCGGUGUUAUGCAAUGGACCUCUGAAAAAGAUAGGCAAUUUCUGAAACAGCAGGUAGAUUUUCCACUGGCGACCCCCUAAUACAUUGCAAGACGGCAUUCUGGAAAAGACGGCAUGGGGGGCUGAGUUCAGCUUCUCCCUGAAGUUGGCCCUGUUCCGGACCAUACGGAAUUGUUGACAUAAUUACGGAGCAAUUGGCCUGAAGUGCGAUUAUGUACCCCAUAUUCUCCAGAACACACUCUGAGUGUUAGAGUUGAAUAGACUCCGGUUUAAAAAAUGAAAUCACUACAAAAAUCCGUUGCUCAGCAGAAUAUGGCAUCUUGUCACCGUGAAUACCUUAGGGAUUAUGUCAUUUGCCGUAUUGCAAGACUUUUGAGUGAUUGGUGACUUAUGAAAUAUCUUCCCUUCAUAUUGCAUGGCACUGUACAUUUGUUGUUUACUGACGAUCCUGCCCUGGUUGAAUAAAAUGACAUGUAAAUUGGAUGGCUUGUUAGGCAAUUACUAUUGGACCGUUUCAUGAAGGUGUUUUUCUAACAAAAUUCUCAAAGCCUCUAUUUUCCAUAUCCAACGGUGUGUCCCUAUAUCAUUGUUCUAAAGUUUUAAAGUUAAAGGUCACCUGCAACACUUUCUAACUAAGGGAAAAAAGAAUAGGGCAUAAGAUAACAAACACAGUGGUGAAAACCGCAUAAAUAUCGAACUACCCAUCUUCAAGUUAUGGCAGGUAGAACAUUCAAACAUUCCAGGUGGUGCAGGAAGAACAAACUGAUGAUGUACAUUGUGCUGUACUGAAAUAAAGCUUUUAUAGUUUCAUGCCUAUAUUUUGAAAUUGUACAUUUAAACAUGUUCAUGAAAAGCUCAUACCUGUGACAAGGUAAUUAGAAUAUAAGCAUGAAACUAUCAAAACUCUUUUUUCAGUACAGCACAAUCUACAUCAUUAAUUUGUUCUUCCUGCACCACCGGGAAUGUUUGCAUUACAUACUGCUAUAUCUUUAAGAUGAGUAGUUUGAUUUUUAUGCGCUUGUGUUUCUUAUGUUAUCCCUAUUAUUUACCCCAAGUUUAAAAUUUUAAUAGAAGCGUUUCAGGUCACCUUUAAGAUUUAAAAAAGUUAAAGUAUUUUUUAACAUCCUGCAGUUUAGUCUAUUUAUUUCCUGUAUACAUAUUUAUUUCU